CAAAGAAGCACUGACAAACUGACAAUUUUUUUUUGUUGGUAUUGUUAUUGCUAGUUCUCGUAACUCUUUCUUGUGGGGACAUUAUAAAAAAUGUUUUUCGCACAUUUUUGCUUCGUGCUUCUACUAAAAACUAAAGAAUCUUGUUAUAGGUAUGGGUAGAGAUCAAUUUUUUUUAAUUAAAAAAAAUGAUAACAAUCACGUUAUUGUCGAUCCCCAGGUCCCAAGACGCCCUCGGCUCAAAGUAUACGUUCCAGUCCCAGGGUUUCCAGACAAUGAACCUACAACAAACAAAGAGCUGCUGUCCUUGAAGAAUCCCUGCUUCCGUGUUUGUCAACUAGCUUCGCAGUAAAGACUCAUGAAAGAACCAUUCUGGGGAUAAACACCUCUGUGUCUCUCUCACCAUUGGUGCUGUGUAUAUAAGCCGCCAAGAAGGACUCUCUACCUGUCUCUGUUCUGUGCGAUCCUCUCUACAUCCAGUUAGCAAUUGUGCCUCAUCUGUCUGAGAUCUGUUCCAGAUCUGGUUCCCAGGUGGAUCUCAGCCUUCCUCUCAGCACCCUCCUUAAGGAUUCUAUCUAAAGGAUGGACAUACUACAAACGCAUGAAUUAUUAUAGUCGUAGUGUUGUGGCUGAUGUGGCCAGUUCAUUCGUAAUAGACAAUGAUGUAAUCUUCUUUAUAAACUUCUACCUCGGGUACCUCUGAAUUUCCCGUUGUGAGACAUGCUUUAGCUCAAAGGUUUCACAAACAUACAUGUCAGUAAGAAAGUACAGAGGGACAAACAUCAAUUUGAUUGAGCAAAAUUCUGUGAGAGAAAACUGAACUUGUUAGGCCUAGAUCUAUAACCAUCAAAGUUUCAUGGAUCAGACGGGGAAAGUGUGAUCUUUACUCAGCAUUUUCGCGGUGUGCUCAGAGUGGACCCCCGUCGUAGUUCACAAAGGCGUUAUCUGUCCGAGUGAGCAAUUAGUGAGAAUGAGACAGCCAACGCGCAGUUGCAAUGUUCCAUGGGCGCUACUUUAAUCCUGCUUCCCGACCUGUCAUCUUGUUCUCCUUGAUUGGUCUUUGUAAUAAACCGAUUCGUAUCUCUGUAGGCCAACAGUUUUCACUCAAGGUUGAUGAAAUGUGAAAGAAUUGAAUGCAGAUCGAAACAGCUGGGGUGCCUUUUACGUAGAUUCUGAUCCGUUCCAUUCCAUUCGUUGCUUUUGCUCUAUUUACCUGCUGAUGAUAUCUUAUAGUUUUCACUUUUUUGUGAUUCGUAUGUGAGCUCUGCUUUAUUUCUUAUGGAUAACUUAAGAAUCAUUUGUGUCCUCUCUUGAAAAAGAAAAGAUCGUUGUCAUUUCCCCUUUCUCUUCUGAACAAUACUUCCUGUUUACUCCUUGUUUUUUUCAUUAGUUUUUUUUUAAAUUCAUAUUUUCAAAAAGUUCCCCUGGAAUUCUUGCAACGUGACACAUGAUUUCAUUCUGAUGUUUAAUAACAAAUAAAAUGCACUCUAUUAUAAAAGUAACAGUGUUGAAAAUAAACUACGAUACAGAAAUUAUGAUGGAUCUACUGUUGUGACCCAAACUUCGUCAUCCCCAGUAUACGCACACUAUUCCUGUACUUGAAAUUGUCGUGUCAGUAGAGGAGGACCCGUGUUCAGGCCUGAGACUGUAGUCGAAGUUUGUUGCUUUCACCAUGUCGUCGUUAAUAACAGCGGUUGAGCAAACUUUUCUUCCUCUCACCAUCAUUAUCGCCAUCACGAGCGUCCUCGGUCUCUUAGGCAACGGCUUGUCGUUCUACAUCUUCAGUCGUCGGUUCCCUCCCAGCGGGUUCAACUCUCUCAUGGCAGCACUGGCAGCCUUUGACUUCAUCGCCUCCCUCGUGCACAUGCCCUUAGAUAUCGCGACCUUCUUCGAGGUCGGCGGAAGCCGAAAGUACCUCUGCAAGAUCACAUGCUUCCAACUGGCUUUCACAGCUUCCGGUUCCGCUCUUGUGUUGAUGGCCAUCGCCUUCGUUCGUUACUACGGCAUUCACAAACCAUUGCUAGGGACGCUGUCUCCUCGACUUGCGAACUAUAUCAUCCUAGGGAGCUCGCUGAUGGCUGUGGGCGUCUCUCUUCCUAUCACGAUCCUGUUUGGAGAGGGGAAACUCGUGACAGACGCGAACAUCACAGCAGAAAUCUGUGCAGUGGAGGAACAGUACAUGGACACCAUUGGGCCUCUCGCCUUCUACAUGGUCCUUGCCUCGCUCUACAUCAUUACAUUCAUCGUGCAUACGUGUCUAUACAUACGUGCUGUGCACACCGUGUGGAAUCGACGCAGGGUGUUCGUGUCAAUGCGAGGAAAAAACAACGUGGUUAUGCUGAGUCCGGCCCCUCCGCGAUCUAGGCCGGUUCCAGAAGGUUCUCCAAUGCCAUCAAGAAGUCUUCGGCCCGCCACAGCAGGAAUCCACUCACCUCUCACAAGAAUAAGAAACGGGUCGAGCUCAAGUCAACAGCCGUUGUUUGCGAGAGUGGGCGGGGCUAACACUUUGAGUAGACUUCCUGAGGACGACUUGCCUUCAUCGUCAUCGAUUUCUGUCACCGAAAUUUCUGACGCAGACAGUAAUAUCGAAGAGACUGGAAGUCAACCAACUCCACGUCUACCUCGAAAACAACCUCUAAAGAGGCUCCAGCCAAAGAGAGUGACAGCACUCAGUCUGCCUCAAGCUCCGCCUACAAGAUCAUCUACUCUCUCCAACUCACCAAAAAAAGCAGGUGGAGCCAGUGGUGUCAAUCAAACGAGUUACAGGGUCCUGGGCGUAGUCAUUGCUAUCUCCCUGACGUAUUUCCUCAGUUACGCCCCACAUUUCGGCGUGAUGUUUUAUUUAUUCACACACGACAUGACAGUCUUUGCCGCUUCGGCGCAGAACCUCGCCUUCGAGCUGCUCAUGCGCAGUUUCUUCCUAAACAACAUCCUUGACCCUUUGAUCUACGGUCUGCUCAGUACGGACUUCCGAAAGGAAUUGAGGCUGACUUUGUUGUCAUUAGUGACAGUGUGUCGCGGACCCAAACAUUAGUUGUUGGGAAAAUGGCCGAGCUAACCGGAAACAUUAAAGGACAUCGUCAGAAAAUUGCAGCUCUUUGUGAGUCAGAAAAUGACUCUGGGAGUAAGACACGUUGAUUCAUCCUUCAACUGUCCAUCAAUAUCGAUGGAGACUGUGAUAGUGAUUUAAACCAGACAAGAACGCUCAUGUGCUAAGAAGGCUUGCUCUGGAUCUAUAAUACAUGUAUUAUUUCCCACUUUGUAGACACUGGAAGUCUUAUUGCGAUGGUUUGCAAUGUCAGGCGUUGAGAGAGUUUAGGUACAUUGAUGUGUGUGUGUGUGUGUGUGUGUGUGUGUGUG